AAAAUGUCGUUUUUGUUUAAUGUGAUGCCAGCGGUUGGUACAGCUGUACUGGUGUUGUCCAUGCGCCGAUACGUGUCCGGUCUUUCCGUCUUUAGGUAAUGGCGGAGUUGUAGGGUGGAGGAUCGGACACGCAUUGGCUCACUUUAACUUUUAAAAUGUCGAUUUCAACCGCCCGCCCCCUUAUUAGUGUAUAUAGUGAGAAGAAUGAGGCCACAGGCAGCACAGUUGCUCUGCCUGCGGUGUUCAAGGCACCCAUCAGGCCUGAUGUGGUGAACUUCGUGCACCAGAACAUGGCCAAGAACCAUCGUCAGCCAUACUGCGUCAAUGACCAGGCAGGUCACCAAACCAGUGCUGAAUCAUGGGGUACUGGACGAGCUGUUGCUCGUAUCCCCCGUGUUCGUGGAGGUGGUACUCACCGAUCUGGCCAGGGUGCUUUCGGUAACAUGUGCCGUGGCGGUCGCAUGUUCGCCCCCACUAAGACCUGGCGCCGUUGGCACCGCAAGAUCAAUGUGAACCAGAAGAGAUACGCUCUGGUUUCAGCAAUUGCUGCAUCUGGCGUCCCUGCUCUUGUCCAAUCCAAGGGUCAUGUUAUUGAUGCUAUUCCAGAAUUGCCCCUUGUUGUGAGUGACAAAGUUCAGGAAAUUAGCAAGACCAAGCAGGCUGUUUCAUUCCUUAAGAGCAUCAAUGCCUGGGCUGAUGUUGAGAAGGUCUACAAAUCCCGCCGCAUGCGUGCUGGUAAGGGUAAGAUGCGUAACCGUCGUCGCAUCCAGCGUCGUGGACCUCUUGUCAUCUAUGGCAACGAUCAGGGUGUGACUCGUGCUUUCCGUAACAUCCCCGGAGUUGACUGCGUCCCUGUUGACAAGAUGAACCUUCUGAAGUUGGCUCCCGGUGGUCACGUUGGCCGCUUCAUCAUCUGGACCGAAUCAGCAUUCCAGGCCCUAGACAAGCUGUACGGCACCUGGAAGCAGGCUGCCAAGGACAAGAAGGGAUACAACCUGCCCAUGCCCAAGAUGGGCAACACUGACCUCACCCGCCUCAUUAAGUCCGAGGAGAUCAGAAAGGUCCUCAGGCCCGCCCAGAAGAAGGUUGUGCGCCGCGUGCGUCGUCUCAAUCCUCUGCGCAACCAGAAGGCCAUGCUCAGGCUCAACCCCUAUGCCGCUGUCCUCAAGAGGAAUGCUAUUCUUACCAUCCAGAAGCGCAUGAAGCAGCGUGCUGAGCUGCUCGCCAAGAAGCGAGGGGUCAAGGUUGUUGUGCCCAAGUAUGAAGUCCGCCGUCAGGCUGCUCUGAAGAAGGUGACCAAGCCCAAGAAGGCUGCAGUGAAGAAGCCCAAGAAGACCGCUGAGCAGAAGGCAGCCCUUCGUGCCAAGCCCACCCUUCAAAAGCCUGUUUCAGAAAAGAAGGCACCAGCCAAGAAAGCCCCCGCUAAGAAGUAAUUGUUGAAUAAAUAUAACUUGGAAA